AUCAUAUUUUUCUAACAACUGCAUAUGAAGAAUAAGGCACGUAUUACUUUGGAACGUGACAAUAAUUACUGCAACGUCGACUCUAAAGUAUGUUUAUACACAACAGAUUACUUCUUCAUAGUUCCAAUCAAUUAUGAUAUUCAAUAAAAAAUGAUAUGAUCUUAUGGAAUGGCUGAAUUGCAUAUAAUUGGUCGGAUUUCGUCUGCAAAAGAUUUUAAACAGCCACGACUUUUAUGCAAGUGGAGUUUUCAUGCCGGUAAUGGUUGGAAAGUUUUAACUGGAUGCGAAGAAGGACAAACUCAAGAGAGCUGUGAUUUAUACACCAAUGAGCCAGUUUGGGAUCAUCCCAUAGAUCUACAUUAUACAACAAAAACCCUCCAAAACUCACCAAAACUUUUAUUACAAGUAUUUUGUAGAGAUGUACAUGGGAGAGUAUUAUUUGGAUCUUAUGGUAUUUGUAAUAUUCCUUUGUCCCCAGGAGAACAUUUCAUAGAAUGUCAUACUUGGAAGCCUAUUGGCAGUUGGAAGGAUAGAUUACGAGACAAAUUUCUGGGGAUAACUUUACAAUUAAAAUCGCCGAAUGUUUUAGUUAAUCCUUUAGACAGAUUUGAAUUACUUACAGAAAGUAUGGGCACAGUUCAGAUUGAAUUACAUAUAUUGACAAAAAAUUUUGAGAAAUAUGGAUGUCACUUGUGACUAAAAAGCAUUGUAAUAUUAAAAAAUGGACUGAAAGUUUUAUUAAUGAAUAUAUUCCGAAGUGUACAAUAUAAAGUAGUCAACAUGCUUAGAACAGCAUUUGUACUAUUGUUCUCUUGGCUUUUAUUGAAUCAGUUAGUACAUGCAAAGAAACUUGAAGAUAUAUUCACAUGUGCGAAUGAAACAGAAUGUGAUGAAUUAUCAGAGAAAGAUGUUUUAGAAGAAGCUGCUAGUACUACUGAAAGUAUUUAUGAUACGAGUAACGCAAGCAGUUCUGUGCAUCCAACACAAACACCUAAAAUACAAACGACAACUACGCAAGUGCCUCUUAAAAUUAAGCAUGAUAAUGAAACAAGAAAUGAACACGUACAGAGAAUAAAUUCCGAUGUAUGCGAAUGUGAUUUAACACUGUCAUCCUGUAACAUCAAUUGUUGUUGUGACAGAGAUUGCAACGACUUGCAGUUAACAGUGUUCUCACGCUGUGAAAAUCACCAAGCAGAAUUAUUUGACAAACGUUAUUGUUACAACAGAAAUUUUAUACAACGAAACAAUACUCCAUUCAUACUUGAAAAAUUGGCAAAUAAUCUCUUUUGUAUUUUAUAUGAUAAUCUUCCGCCCACUUACAGUGUUAACAAUAAAUUGGAUAUCAAAUCUGUAGAGGAUUUAAGGGAAGCAAUAAAUUCAAAUAGACUGAAUUGGAAAUGGAAAGACCAAUUACAUGUACCUGAAUAUAAUACUUCUAGUCGUUAUAAAGAUGAUGACAUUCUAUGGAUAAUGAACAACAAUUACGUUCAACCUCUUGAGUUAGUACAAUCUGGAUUUACGGAAUUGUGUGGCUUUAAGAAAACUUUGAAGUAUCUUCGGGAAUGGAAAGAUCAAUGUUUACAAGCCGAUUUAACUGAUAUUAAUAAGUUUUUGUUCCCCAGUGCAUUUAAUAAUUUUACAGUCAUAACAUCUCCACAUUUGUUAAGCAAAGUUUAUAUUCAAACGGAGGAUCAGGUUUGCCCUAGAAAUGUAUGUUUAACAUUAAAUAGUCAUUAUUGUAAAAAUUCUUGGACAAUGUGCAGUAAUCGUACUGCAUUAGGUGCUUGUUUAAAUGGAACUUGUUUUAAUAUCGUAACGGGUGUAAAAUACUUGAUUGUCCACAAUGGUUCUAUGGGAAUCAACAGUAUCGACGUAUAUUUCAAGAUAGGUAAUGUUUCCCGAAGUUUUUACCAGCAAUUCGAAGUGAGUUACGAAUGGGCAGAAUUAAAUAAAGAAGAAAGUUUUUCUUUGAGUGGUAAUCCCGGUUACAUCAUGGGAAAACCACUGAUGAUCGGUACUUUAAAGACAAACAAGACCGACAAAGUGGAAACUAGAUACAUCAGUUUUAAUAAAACAAAUAGCUAUUUAACAUUACCUAUAGCAACAAGAUCUGGUGAAUGUAACAAGAUCGAUAGAUAUACACCCGCUUUUGGGGAAGACAUUAAAUUGAAAUGUUUUACGUCUGUACGUACCAAUAAUUUCAGCACAGCAUCUUGUAUGGAAUUACAAAAUCUUGCUAUGCAUCUCUUGAUGAAAGAUACGUUGUUCAAUAUAACUCAAACGGAACAAUAUAACAUUUAUAUUGCCAAGUCGGGCAACUUUUCUAGUAACGAUACUACUGAUUGGGCACAAAUUUUACUCGAUAGAAUACCACAGAAUAUUACAGUAGGACAGUUUGUUAAUGGUCGUUUACAUUGUUCAAAAUUAACAACGUCUAUCCAUCUGAAUAUUUUAUACUCUGCUUUAACAAAACCGGAAACAUUGACCAAUUACAACGUGGUCGGAGUUGGUGUUACAUUUUCGUCAGAGUCCAAUGUAGCUUGGACGAAAUGUUCGUUUGAAAACUGUACAGAUCAACUUGAAAUAGAUGUUGUUAGUUAUGUUACGUUCCACGAUGUGUCGAAGCCAUCAAAGUAUUACUUUAUAGGAGGUCCUAAUUUGGACCUCACCUUACCAUACGACUUUUUCUAUCCUUUUUUAAACGAUUCAACGUCAAUUAAAUCUAGUAUGUUUUUAAUUAUCGUAACGCUGAGCACAGCUCUGCAUAAUUUGUUUGAUUGAUUUUGUGUGAUUGUAUAUUUAAUAUACAUAUUAUAUGAACAAUGCACAAUGGAUAAAAGUAAUUUUAUGUUUGAAUGUACAUAGACUUAUGAGAAAAGUUACAUGAAAUGUAGCUAUUAUUUUAUAUUACAUGCGAGUGUUUAAAAUAAAUAAUGCACAUCA